AUGAUCAAACCAGCCCUUGCUUUCUUCGCUUUAUGCGCUGCUGGUGUGAAUUCCGCACCUACUAUCUCAGAUCCCAAAGCCACCGUCCAGAACGGGACGUACGCUGGAACGAGAAAUGCGCAUUAUAAUCAGGACUUCUUCCUCGGUAUACCGUAUGCGCAGCAGCCGGUGGGAGAUUUGCGAUUUACCGUUCCCAAGUCGUUGAAUGAGAGUUGGGAGGGGGAGAGGCAGGCAAAGGAGUAUUCGGAUAUUUGUGUGGGAUAUGGGACCGAUUCAAUCUGGUAUCCCAUGGCGGAAGAAUGCCUGACGCUCAACGUAAUCCGGGACUCGUCUGUCGAUGAGGAUUCGAAGCUGCCCGUGGGUGUCUGGAUCCAUGGAGGAGGUUAUUAUAUGGGCUCUGGGGCUGAUCAACGGUAUAACAUGUCUGCAAUUGUAUCGAAUGCCCAUGAAAUCGGUAAACCGUUUAUUGGCGUCACGCUGAACUAUCGACUAUCGGCGUGGGGAUUUCUCGGGUCGAGCGAAGUCACAGGCAGUGGGAAUACGAAUAUCGGGCUGAGAGAUCAGAGACUGGCGUUGCAGUGGGUGAAGGAGAAUAUCCACGCUUUUGGAGGCGAUCCAGACAAGGUAGUUAUCUGGGGAGAGUCAGCAGGUGGGAUGAGCGUCGGAUAUCAUCUCACGGCAUACGGAGGUCGAGACGAUGGUCUCUUUCGAGGCGCCAUCCUGCAAUCUGGAGGCCCCAUAUCUCCCAGUCCGUUGAAUAACACAGGAUACCAGGCCGACUACGACGAGCUGGUGGCCAAGGUGAAUUGCUCGAACGUGGUGGACACGCUGCAAUGCCUGCGCGAGGUUCCAUUCGAACAGUUGAACUCAGCUCUCAACGGCACGGAUGGCUCGCCAGUGUACAAUUUCUCGCCGGCGAUUGAUGGCGAUUUGAUCCGGGAUUGGGGCAGUCUCAACCUCGACAAGGAGGCAUUUAUCAAGGUGCCCAUUAUCGCAGGGACCAACUCGGAUGAGGGGACGUCGUUUGGGCCUACGGGGAUUAACACGACUGAGCAGUUCUACUCGUACCUCACCGACGGACAAUCCGGGUUCAAACUGCCCCCCGUAAUAGCCCAGCAAAUCCUGCACCUCUACCCAGACGACCCAUCACAAGGCAUCCCAGCCUAUCUGGGCAGCGAACGCAUCCCCUCCAAGGGCCUCCAAUGGCGCCGCACCAACGCCUACGCAGGCGACUACUUCAUGCACGCCAACCGACGAAGACAAUGCGCAACGUGGGCAGCCUCCAACACACCCGCCUACUGCUACCGCUUCAACGUCCGCCCGGCCGACACCCCGUACCUCUCGGGCGCAGCGCACUUUGAAGAAGUCGCCUUUGUCUUCUACAACCUCGCCGGCCUUGGGUAUCACUACGGCAAGCCGUUUGCGGGGGUGCCCGAGUCCUACGCGCAGCUGAGCAAGCUGAUGACGGGCAUGUGGGCGUCGUUCAUCCACGACCUGGAUCCUAAUUCGGGGGGCAUCGGGAAUGGCAGCGACAGCGUUCGGUGGGAGGCGUAUAACACGGAUCGACCGGUUGAUAUUUUGUUCGAUGCCAAUGUCACGAGCCAGAUGGAGGCGGACACGUGGCGGAAGGAUGGGAUCGAUUACAUCAAUUCGGUUGCAAAGGCAUAUUGGCGGUGA